UGCUAAUACAUCGCCCUACUUCCUUUUGAGCUUAUCUGCGAAAUUAUUCGGCCCAUCAUGGACCGACAAGCACCUAGUGACCCCCCUGUCUUUGAUUGGGGUGAUUUCGAUCAAAGCUGGGGUUUGGAGUCCGAGCCCGCUAAUAUCGCUUCAUUGCUCUCGGCCCGCUCCUAUCUCCUGCCCGGGUCGUAUCCCUCGCCAAAUGCUCAAAGUAGCAGUACGCCGUCAUCACUCCGUCCGGGCGACCUCGGCCUCGAACAAGCAUCUUCCUCCAAUCAGACAAACACAAAUCAAGCAACCCCCACUAAACCGAUGGCACCACGCCCUGGUGCGAAGAAGGCCCGCCCAGCGAAGGACGCCCGUGGAGCGCCUAGCAAGGAGAAUCCUGAUCAGCGUCGCCGAAUGCAGACCCGCGUAGCUCAACGUGCAUAUCGGUCCCGACAGCAAGCCAUGAUCGACGGCCUCAGGAACCGCAUUUCCCUGUUGGAGACUUCAAUGGAGAAAACGAGCUCCGCUAUGUUGUCGUUCAGUGAGAAGCUGGUCCAAAGUGGGGUGCUUAAGGGACACUCCGCUCUAACAACGGAUUUACGUGACACGAUGAAAGUGUUCCACACUACGGCAUCUGGGAUAGUGGCCCUAGACGACGACGAAAUCAGGGUGGAACAACAACAACAACAACCGCCCACAGUCAAGUGGCUGUCACCCCUGGAUGGCACUCAGUUAUCCCACCCGGCUAAUUCAGCGAAGAUGACGAUCAUAGAGGUAUCUGCAUUCAUUCAACAACUGCUCCUAGUAGCCCUCUACCAGAGCCAUCUCGCCCUCCGCGAUACGUCCAUCGGCAUGGACCAACUCCAACGGCCCUUUGGGCUUCUCCUUAGCAUGAUGAACCGGGAACGCUUAACUUCCUACUUCAACGCAGAAUUACAUUCUCUGCUGAGCCAAAAGCCGAUGGAUGGAUGGGACGACGUCCCCUUUUUCAGGCUAGGGGGUGCAGGGACCCAUUAUGCCAAUGGGGAGAACACCGGUCCUGGUGCUUUUGUCGCUCGUCACCAGAGCCGGGGGACCGUGGAGGACCCCUUGUCACUAGUCGGUGCGGAUUUGCAAACGCAGCUGGAGGGAGACUGGUUUGAUUUGCAGGACCUGGAGGGAUACAUUCGAGAGAAGAAUGUGCUCCUGGUUACGGCGGCUGGUGAGCCAGCAAAAGGCUCAAAAGUACAGGCCAGUAUCAAUGUCUUCCGCUUCAUCACUGCGCUGGUCACCAGAGGGGUUUGCCUGGGUCGGUCACCUGGGUUUCAACGCAAAGAUGUAGAGUUCGCCCUGUGUUUUUCGAAAGUUGCUUGAACUUGAAUUCAUGUAGAUGAGUGUUAAUAACUGAUACACACUCGAUGGGUCUAUUUUUACUGUAUCUAUUUUAGUUCUUGUCAACUUGUUUACUGGUAUGGAGAAGCCCUCUAAAUGGCGAAAGUGGGGUUAAGAUGUAAGAUAAGGUUAGAUACUAGUAAUUCGGAG